AUGGUUCUGACGAAGCAGGGUCGCCUACAACUGAUCGAAGCCGCUAUACCGCGCGAUGAUUUCUAUGAAACUCACAACGCAAAACGUUUACUCAGCGCUGCGUCCGAGUCUUAUCAUAUCACCUUUCGACGACUUCAACAGGAGCUACUCCACAUUAUGAAAGAGUUCUACACGUUUUUCAAGGCACUGGAAACCAAAUUCACGAUAAACACCCAGGGCGGAAUCGGCCGUUUGAGAAAGGAACUUUGGGCAAACAUAGAAGAGUAA